UGUCAAUUUUGUUGACGUUUAGCUUUUCAUGUUUUCAUUCCGAUCGAUAGGUAAAUAAAUGAAAGAUUUAUUAAAUAACAGUGUUAUCUUAGUAAUAGAAGGGUAAUAUACUAAUAGCCAAAUUAACAGACGCCACGCAAUGACUUCGGCGUCGUCGAGUAGUGCUCGAUCGUUGUUUGCCGAAUCAAAACAGCGUUUAGCUGAAAGAGUUCAAGUUAAUAUGAACAAUAUUUCGUCCUUAGCUCGCCAGAUACAAAGAGGAUCGAAAUCUAAUGAGCUUCUAUCAAAAGCGGCCAGAGACAUGGCGUCAACUGAACAUCAGAUGGAGACCAGUGAAGAGAAUCUAAAGAAGAUGCAGCUGAUAGCAGUACAUAUGGGAUACCAGUUCGAAAAUAUACAGAAAUCCGCUCAAAUGCUCACUGAGAUUGGAGAAAAAGUUAAUGCUAUGCAAAGGUGAUAGAGCAUAGACAAUGUAUUUUUUUUAAAGUAGGAAUGAGGAUUUGUUCUCACAAAUGCUCCUUUGAUUUUGUAGAUUGAAAUAAGCAAGGAGUUUUUAUCACAAAUAUUUAUUAGGUUCUUUACAAUUAUUGAUGAAUUAUUAUUCAUGAGUCAUUAUUAUGUUUGAAAUAUACUAAUUUAUUAAUGUACUCAAUUUUAACUAAAUUAUAAUUUAUUAUCUAAGGACUGAGGAACUAAAACAAUUUUUAUGUCACAAAUAUUUAAAUGCUUAGUUUCUAUUUUAUAUCUUAAUUUGAAAUAUCAAUUCUAAUUUAAUUAUUUUAAUUAAUGGUUAUUUUGUAAAUAAAUAAUAUUAUCUUAGUAUAUA